AUGCCUAGGAUCCUAGUGGCAGCAGCAGCAGAGCAGCGACAACUCGAGAGCAUCAACUUUCGUGCCGGCAAGCUCGAUUUCGAUGGCGUCGAUCCCGAACUUGGUAUGCACCUGCUAAAUCUUCACUGGAACCGACAACAUCACUCCUUCCUCAUCACAUAUCGACCUGCAUUCAUGAGAGAUAUGGCCUGCAACGGGCCGUACUUCUCAAAGAUCCUACUUAAUGCCAUAUUCUAUGGAGCUUCCAAGUUCAGUCCGCGACUGGACCUACGCAAGGAUCCCAACGACGUCAGAACAGCUGGCUGGCAGUUUCGCAAUCGUGUGCGCGAUCUUCUUGGACAAGCACUCGACCACAGCGAGAUUACCACAAUUCAGGCAUUACUGCAGAUGAGCAAUUCGCUUUUCGCCCUUGGCGACGAGCAGAGCGCUGCUUGGGUAUACGCCGGAACUGCCUUUCGGAUGUUAGUGGAUGUUGGGCUUCACGUAGACGCAGCGAUGAUGCCAACCAUGCAACGAUUUUCCGAAGAAGAUCUCGAAAUCCGUCGACGAGUCUACUGGUCAGCAUAUGUCGUUGAUAAGAUGCAAUCCUUGUAUCAAGGUCGUCCAGCUAGUCUAAGAGCUAUCGACGGCCAGGUGCCUAUCAAGUUUAUGGAUACAUGUAUGUUUUCCUUCCCCUUAUGGCCCCAUUACCGACCUCUUUUCUGGUCCCCUCACCGACCCCUUCACCGAUCCCUUACCAUACCCCUUACCGUUCCCUGA